UGACUUUGCAUAAUGGAUUUACAAAUUGAGAUUUUUAAUAGUUUAAUUUUAUGUAACCCUGGGAGUCAAUUAGAAAACUCUUUUUUUGUAGGUAUUUACUCAAGAUUAAGACACAUUAAUGUAUGUUUUAUUUCAAGUUUCAUUGUAUUUAGAAGCUUUGAAAUGUAUACUCUUUGUCCGUAUAUAUUGAAAAUCGCGAGGAUUUAGUGGAGUGACAUUGAAGAGAACGUGUAACCUUGGUGUGGGGGAUGGGUAUUAUUGUUUGGGAACCAUUUUGUAGAGAUUUAAAACUACCUUUACGAGUUUAUUUUUGUCGAAGGUUGGCAUUUUGCUGAUUAAUUCAGUAUAAUCUAGUUUGUUGCACGUAGACUUCGUCGAAUGAGUAUCUUGGUAUGAUAGGAAAUGUUUGGGGAUUUAGUUGUCUAUGUUCAAUGUAGAUAUAACUAACGUUUAGUUAGGGUUUUCUCUGAACAGCUAAUGUCGAAGAUUUGUAAGGUUUAUAGUUAUGAUUUAGUUGAACUGUUCAAAUCGUGAAUGCGGCCUACUUGGGUGUUAUUGAAGUUGAGCAACUUUUCUCUAAAAUUCUUAACAGAUGCGACCUUUUGCUAGAAUGUCCUCUUAUAGUAAUUGUUAAGUGGUUGUGUGCAUAUCCGAAAUUCUUAUCUGGUUUGAUAACUAUUUCAGCAAGAGUUGAGAAUUGCUGUGUCAUUCAAUGGGGGAUAUUUCCUUUGCCACUUCAGCUUAGUUUGCUUUAGCCUCCCUAAGACAUUUAAAACCUCGGCUUCAGUGUGAGUUAAGCUAUUGUGUCCAAUUGUUGUGCUAUUAAUAGUAUGUCAGGCCUUGGUUGAGUUCUGACAUUAGUAGGCCUCGGAUAAUAGUAGCCUUUCUUGUAGUCAGAAAUCAUUAUUCCUGGUAAAUUAUGUAGUUAGGUCAGACAGCACGUGGUUUGAAACUAGGCGUUAUGAUCAUCGCCCUUUUGAUCCAACGCAGGCUGUGGUAUUACUUGUACACUUUGUGACACCAUCUCAUGUAUGCACAGUCAAGCUCGUGUGCACUUCAAGAUGGCGCUCAGUCAACACAACCCAAAUGCGGCUACUCGGAAAGAAAUGUGUUUUUAAGCGCUCGGGCUACGUUUUGCAUCUGAUAGAUACGUGUCAGUGAACUCGCUAACCAAUGACUUGCUAUCUGUUUACUCUGGAAGUUCGCGCUGGAGUUUCAGCGACCAAUCAUUAUCGUUGCUUUGCCCACGCUGACGUAAUGUAAUUUGAUAAGCGAAAGGGCGGGUUGUUGGAUGUCGCAUUUUCGUAAUAGACUACGUAAAAUAACCAAUCAAAGUACACAUUUUGAGUGCUGGGAGGUCUAGCCAGUAAUAUUGCGAAUGUAGUUUGAUUGAUAAUAACAAUAUGCGAAUAGGUUGGAUGGGAAGCAUAUAGGAAAACAAAUGGUGUUUGGAGGUGUGGUUACUUUGGAUGACAUGUUCAACUGCGAAUAGAAAAUCAUAGGGCGUAGUCUUUACAUUCCGUAUCCAAUAGAAUGCGUGGUUGGUCUAUAAAUUGUCGGGCAUAGACGCGAGAUGCCAUUUCGCUGAAGCAGUGAUCAGUUGGAUUCGGUGGGGCCUGGAGGAAAGGACGGGCAAAACAGGAACUUGAAUAUUGGUAUUUAAACAGAAUCCGGAUCCAUCGCGAUGGAGACGGCCAUAAACCCGCCCCAUGACAGCUCCCUGGGCGGGGUCGACGUAGGCCUGCAUGGCGUCAUGGCGAUGGAGCAGGGCCCGCCGGGCCCCGGAAAGCGCAUCCGGAAACCGUCACUGCUGUUCGAGGGAUUCGAGGGCCCGCCGUUGCUCCCCCACGGGCAAGCUCCCCCCUCUGGGUCACCACGGCCCCUAGUGUACGACACGAACCGGCAGGGCCGCGCCACCAACCAGCUGCAGUUCCUCCAGAGAGCCAUGAUGAAGUACCUGUGGAGGCACCACUUCGCAUGGCCCUUUCAUGAGCCUGUGGACGCCUCCAAGCUCAGCCUGCCUGACUAUCACAAGAUCAUCAAACAGCCCAUGGACAUGGGGACCAUCAAGCGGCGCCUGGAGAGCAACUACUACCGCAGCGCCAGCGAGUGCAUGCAGGACUUCAACACCAUGUUCACCAACUGCUACAUCUACAAUAAGCCAACAGAUGAUAUUGUUCUGAUGGCCCAGUCCCUGGAGAAAGCUUUCCUUCAGAAGGUUGCCCAGAUGCCCCAGGAGGAGAUAGAACUGCCCCCUCCUCCACCACGGGGAAAACCGGGCAAGCCAGGUAGAGGACGAAGGGCCACAGUACCAGGAGGAGUGACGACUGCUCACCAGGUCCCGGCAGUGUCCCAGUCCGCGUACUCCCCCCCCACGCCGGACACCCCAGAGUCGCUGCUCUCCACCCCCCCACAGACGCUCCUGGCCAAGAGCCUACCUCUCACCCUCCACAGUACUCCUGCUAUGCUAAGCUUACCCCCCACACAGCCCACAGCCAAGAAAAAGGGAGUGAAGCGGAAAGCAGACACCACCACCCCCACCACCGUGGCCAUGCCCAUCACCGUGGGCGUUGGCGGGAUUGGCAUGGGCAUGGCCGGCGGGCCCGACUCCCCGUUGACACUCACCUCGCUGGGGGUAGGCCAUGGCCUGGGGCUCGGCAUGGGGAUGGGUAUUGGUAUGGGCCGCGGCAGAGGCACGGCGGGCGCCAAAGCACCUGCAGGGAGGCGGGGAGUCAGCGGGCGCCCUAUCAAGCCGCCGAAAAAGGACCUACCGGAUUCUGUGCAGCUCCAGCCGGUGCGGCGCGGCAAACUGGGCCAGCAGCUCCGGUACUGCAACGGGAUUCUCAAAGAGCUGCUGUCCAAGAAACACGCGGCGUACGCCUGGCCUUUCUACAAACCAGUGGACGCCUCCAUGCUGGGCCUACACGACUACCACGACAUCAUCAAGCAGCCCAUGGACCUCAGCACCAUCAAGAGGAAAAUGGACAGUCGAGAGUACCGGGACGCCCAGCAGUUUGCCGGCGACGUGAGGAUAAUGUACUCUAACUGCUACAAGUACAACCCUCCAGACCAUGACGUGGUAGCCAUGGCACGCAAACUACAGGACGUCUUUGAGUUCUGCUUUGCCAAGAUGCCUGACGAGCCUGCGGCCCCUCCCGCUUCCAUGGGUGGGCGCUCCUCAUCUUCUUCCUCUUCCUCCUCGUCCUCGUCUGAGAGUGACCCCAGCAGCGAGAGCGAGAGCGACAGCAGCCCCAGCUCGGACAGCGAGGAGGAGCGAGCACACCGCCUGGCCGAGCUGCAGGAACAGGUGUGUACACAGCUGAAAGCAGUUCAUGAGCAACUGGCAGCACUCUCCCAGGGCCCCAUCGUCAAGCCUAAGAGGAAGAAAGAGAAGAAGGACAAGAAGAAGAAGAAGAAGCCCGAGAAGCAUCGGGGAAGCCGGGUACCAGUCGAAGAGGAUAUACCCAUCCGGCCGGCUAAAAUGCCCAAGGUCACCAAGAUGCCGAAGACACCCAAGAGCAGCAAAGGGGGCUCCACACAGGGCAAGAGGAGCACUGGCAAGAAGAGCAACAAGAGCAAGUCCUCCAAGAAGUCUCAGGCAGUGACGCUUAGCAUGCACCAGAUGAGCGCUGCUGCCAUGCUCCCCCACUACGACUCCGAGGAGGAGGACGAGGUGUCGCCCAUGAGCUACGACGAGAAGCGCCAGCUCAGCCUGGACAUCAACAAGCUGCCCGGGGAGAAGCUGGGCCGCGUGGUUCACAUCAUCCAGGCACGCGAGCCUUCGCUGCGCGACACCAACCCAGAGGAGAUCGAGAUCGACUUUGAGACGCUCAAGCCGUCCACGCUGCGCGAGCUGGAACGUUACGUCAUGACCUGCCUCCGCAAGAAGCCUCGCAAGCCCUAUGGGAAGAAAGGUGGAGCAGGGAAGUCCCGGGAGGAGCUGGCUCUGGAGAAGCAGUUGGAACUGGAGCAGAGGUUGCUGGAUGUCAGCGGGCAGCUCAACUCUGGCAAGAAGCCUCAGAAAACCAAAGCAGAGAAGCCCAGUGCAGUGGAGCCCCAUGCCGUAGCGUCUCGCCUCAGCGCCAGCAGCUCCAGCUCAGACUCUUCCUCAUCUUCUUCCUCGUCCUCCUCUGACACCAGUGACUCGGACUGAAAGCUCCAGAGGGAUGGGCAUUGAGCCCACGAACCCCAGACAGGACAGAGCAGGACUGCCAACAGAGCUGCAGGCGGGUCAGACUAUAGUCAGAACUGACCCGGAAUUAAAAAAGAUGGGGAUGUGUUGAGAGAAUCCAGUCCCAACAGAAAGAGUGGAUGGAGAGAGACUGGGUUUUUUCAUUGCUCUAGAAACCUAGAGGGUUGACAUAGAAUGCGUUGUCUCAUAGGUUAAAGAGCCGAUGGCAGGAUCCCUACUGGCUCUAGAAAGAUGGCAGGAUCACUACUGGCUCUAGAAAGAUGGCAGGAUCUCAAGAUGGCAGGAUCUCUACUGGCUCUAGAAAGAUGGCAGGAUCUCUACUGGCUCUAGAAAGAUGGCAGGAUCUCUACUGGCUCUAGAAAGAUGGCAGGAUCCCUACUGGCUCUAGAGAAAGAUGGCAGGAUCUCUACUGGCUCUAGAGAAAGAUGACAGGAUCUCUACUGGCUCUAGAGAAAGAUGGCAGGAUCUCUACUGGCUCUAGAGAAAGAUGGCAGGAUCUCUACUGGCUCUAGAGAAAGAUGGCAGGAUCUCUAUUGGCUCUAGAGAAAGAUGGCAGGAUCUCUAUUGGCUCUAGAGAAAGAUGGCAGGAUCUCUAUUGGCUCUAGAAAGAUGGCAGGAUCUCUACUGGCUCUUGAAAGAUGGUACGAUCUCAAGAUGGCAGGAUCCCUACUGACUCUAGAAAGAUGGAAGGACCUCAAGAUGGCAGGAUCUCUACAAGCUCUAGAAAGCGAGGAGGAUAGAUAGUACGAGAUGAUCCCAGAGUUCUGGACUAUGUCUUUCUCUCCACGCUUUGUGUAUAUACUAUGUACGAAUAUAUAAAUAUCUAUUUUUCUUUUGUAAAGAAGAAUUUUAAGGAAUCCCCAAAUGUGGGGAGAAAGUAAAGGUGUGGACAGGCUGUUAUUCGUUUAGUUUUAUGACAAGGAGUUAGAAGGUAAAGUGUGUGUGUGUGUGUGUGUGUGUGUGUGUGUGUGUGUGUGAGAGAGAGAGAGAGGGGCACGGCCUCGCACAGUAAACGCAGCCCUGCUUAGUUUCUCAUCUUGUUGAUGCAGACGUUUGAAGUAAUUCUGCGUUGUAAAGCACCUUGGUUCAGUAUACAUGAAGAAACUGAAGAGCAUUAAGACUGCAACAUACGCAUGUACUUCUACAGCCUGAGAGGGGUGUCCAUGGUACACACAUGGUUUAAGUGAGCUAACUUUUUCCUGCGUUUCACUCUGUAAAUGACCUGUUUCUAUCUUGUGACCAAUCUGCAAAUAAAUUGUGAGGACAUCUCAGCAUUACCCACACGCAAACAGAUUCUUCCCUUGUUUUGUUCUGUCAAUUGGAUAUGUCCAGGAUGUGUCAAGUCUACAGACUCCUGAAAGGGUCACAUCUCUCUUGCAAGACAUUAUAACUUGCAUGAGUAAUGCACAUCAAUGACUAUAUUUUGAGACUUCAUUUUAUCUGUGGAAAAAAUGUAUUUUUCUAGAUGGUAUCUUAGUAGGGUUCAGUGGGGUGGUUAAAUGCUGUCCUUGUAUCCCCGGGUCUGAUUCCCAUAGCGUUGCAGUACCAAUGCUUUAUGGCACAAAACCACACUUUCUUUUAACAACUUGGCCUUUUAACAUUUAGGCAGCUGAAUGUUUUAUUUUUUUUCUUCAAUUUUAGCUGAAUCUGAUUUGGGAAGAAGAUUGUCGUGACCAUUUCCUUGCUCAUAGUGCGUUUUGCAGAGGUGGUAUACAUACUUCAAGAUAUUCUGAGGUCCUAAACUGAUUUUGUGAUUUAGUUAAGAAAUCAAGCUUUUUUUGUUGUUGAGAAUUUAGAAUUUGUACGCGUGAUCGGUUAUUUAUUUGAGUGGGCAACGACCAAAUCGUUGUUGCAUUUGCUUGAAGUCACUUGAGAAAGUUGGAUAUUGGUAAUAAUGACAAACUACUCAAACAAGAAUGUGUACAGCUGUAAGGAGAAAUGGCACGGUUGAAAAAAGUUUACCGUCACAAAACUUUGGAGCAUGUUUCUACCACUGGGGUUUCUUGUUUUGCUUUUGUUCUUAGUCAUGUUCUUUCACCCCCCUACAAUUGUGACGUGGUUGUUUCUCGCUCUGUUUAUUUUGGAAGAAAAAAAACCGUUGAACUGUCCGACUACAAAUAAAGAGAGAGAGGUCUUUAACACUCA